UCUCUUAACAAAUUGGACUCAGCUCCGGCAAGCAGCAGUCCCCAACCCAACCUACAAGCACUGGGAACUUGCAGGCAGCCAGGGACCGCUGAAAAUAGCACUUCGUUUUCUUUCUUUGUGUUCAAAACUAUUUUCUUUCUUCCCCAGAUUUUGUUUUCCUACCCCCGCGGCAGUUGUUUCCCAUUAGUAAUUUGAUCUCUCAGAGCCGUAAGAUUCGCCUGCUUUCCCCUCUGUCCACGUUUGUUUGUUUUCUGCACAUCUCCUUCAGGGAACCGCGGGAGCUUUUUUAUUUUAUUUUUCUUUCAUUGCCUAUUUUCCCCGGGUCUUUUCCCUUCCGAGUAGAUCUAUUUCUAUUGUAUCUGCCCCUUUCUUUUCUCUCUUAACCCCCUGUCCCCACGCGUCUGUGCGCUGCUCCCCCGCGCAAUCCUCUGCGGUCCAAUUUGCUCCUUCCCUCGGAUGCACUGAGAGCCCCCGGCGUGUGUUUAUGGAAAUAGUGGGGUGCCGAGCCGAAGACAAUUCGUGUCCUUUCCGCCCCCCAGCCAUGCUCUUCCACGGGAUCUCCGGAGGCCACAUCCAAGGCAUCAUGGAGGAGAUGGAGCGCAGAUCCAAAACCGAGGCCCGUCUGGCCAAAGGCGCUCAGCUCAACGGCCGGGAGGCGGGCAUGCCCCCGCUCAGCCCAGAAAAGCCCGCUCUGUGCGCCGGCUGCGGCGGCAAGAUCUCCGACAGGUACUAUCUGCUGGCCGUGGACAAACAGUGGCACUUGAGGUGCCUGAAGUGCUGUGAAUGUAAGCUGGCCCUGGAGUCUGAGCUCACCUGCUUUGCCAAGGACGGUAGCAUUUACUGCAAGGAGGAUUACUACAGAAGGUUCUCUGUGCAGAGAUGUGCCCGCUGCCACCUUGGCAUUUCUGCCUCUGAGAUGGUCAUGCGUGCCCGAGACUCGGUCUAUCACCUGAGCUGUUUCACCUGCUCCACCUGCAACAAGACUUUGACCACCGGCGACCAUUUCGGCAUGAAGGACAGCCUGGUGUACUGCCGGGCCCACUUCGAGACCCUCUUGCAAGGAGAGUAUCCACCGCAGCUGAGCUACACGGAGCUGGCGGCCAAGAGCGGAGGCUUGGCCUUACCUUACUUCAAUGGCACUGGCACGGUGCAGAAGGGGCGGCCCCGGAAGCGGAAAAGCCCAGCUCUGGGAGUGGACAUCGUCAAUUACAACUCAGGUUGUAAUGAGAAUGAUGCAGACCACUUGGACCGGGACCAGCAGCCUUACCCACCCUCACAGAAGACCAAGCGCAUGCGCACCUCCUUCAAGCACCACCAGCUCCGGACCAUGAAAUCCUACUUUGCAAUCAACCACAACCCUGAUGCAAAGGACCUCAAGCAGCUUGCUCAAAAAACAGGCCUGACCAAAAGAGUUUUGCAGGUUUGGUUCCAAAACGCACGAGCCAAAUUCAGAAGGAACCUUUUGCGGCAGGAGAAUGGGGGUGUUGAUAAAGCUGACGGCACGUCGCUUCCGGCCCCGCCCUCAGCAGACAGCGGCGCUCUCACUCCACCCGGCACUGCGACCACUUUAACAGACCUGACCAAUCCCACUAUCACUGUAGUGACAUCUGUGACCUCUAACAUGGACAGCCACGAAUCCGGAAGCCCCUCACAAACUACCUUAACGAACCUUUUCUAACAUUGGUUUUUUUUUUUUUUAAUUCAAUUCUUCCUCUUUUUAUUAUUAUUCUAAUAUUAUUAUUUUAUUAUUUACAAGACCUUUUUUUUUUUUCUUCUUACCCACAAGAUAUUUGGGAAAUGAAAAUAUCAGCUUGGUGCGUAGCAUCCGCAACCACUUGGCGAAUGAGUUGACAGUAUUGUCUCUUUUAAGUGAACAUAUUUUGUCUACCAAUGUGUAUUUCGAUUUUUUUUCUUUCCUUAAUUAGGUCUUUCAGUCGGUAAGGGGAGUUUUUGAAUCAUUCAAAUAAGUGCCUCUUAAAAUUGUAUGUUACUUAUUUCCAGAAUCUCGGAGGGAAAAAAAAAAUGAAUGGUAUUAUGAUGGGUAAAUAAUCAUAUUCCUGCUUCUGCGGUCAGGUUUUCAAAGAACCAGUUAAUUAGUUACUUGUAAAACCUUACAAUUUGAAAUCUUCAUACUAAAAAUUUAAAACUGAAAAAAACGUAUCAAGCAUUACUGUUUUUACCUGAAGUAUAAAUUCAAAUGAGGAAUAUGAUUAAACAAAACAUUAAUAUAAAUUUUAAAUAGUAAUGAUUAAUUGGAUGGGAGGUCUAACCCAGAAAUGUAACUUAUCCUGCUGUUAGGGCUGUACAAGCCCGCAAACUUUUUACUUUGUUGUUUUUCAAAAUUAAAGAAAAAAAAAUAUAUAUACACAUAUAUAUAUACUUAAACUCCCUGUGUACCCAUGAAAAUUACACAUAGAAAUUGAAAUUUGAUACUUCUGACCUCCUAAAACCUAAAAAAACAACAAAAACAACUUCUGAGACUAUUCUUUCUACCUUACCUUUUUUUUUUCUCCUAGAGAAAAUGGAAAUAAGCAAAAUAUAAUUUUUUAAGAAGUAAAAAUAUCGGUAUAAUUUAAUUAAUAGGUCUAUUAAUUGGCUUCAGCUGUACCAUGAUAUUGUAUCUGGUGUUCCAUAUGAAUAAUGUCUUUUGUUUUUUUUUUUUUUAAAAACAAUUUAGCAAACUAAUAUCAACAAUAAGAAUUCUUUGGUUUUUCCUUAUUUUAUUUGGCACAGGUUGAUUUAUAUAUACAAAAACCUUUUUAACACGACAGAUGUGAAGUUAUGAGUCAAGUAGAUAAACUCAGAAGCCUUGUGGAUGCUGAUCUGAAUAUAUUUCCUAGUUUACAGUAGCAUUUUUUUUUUCCUUUUAAUUUAAGGUAAAAUCUUAAUGGUCUGGGCAGUGGUGAAUGUUCAUCUAUAUGCUUCUGUUGUAGUUAAAUACCAAUUAGAUUGUGGAUUUCCUAAAAAAAAUUAAUUAAAAAAGAAGUCAAGAUCUAUGUCUUGCUUUAGUGGAUUGUUAAGAAUAACUUUGCACAUAUUGUCCACAUUUUUGGACCCCUUAAAUCUCCUCUGGUGGUCUAAGUGGCUAUUUAAUAGAUAUUAAAGGUGUCCUUCUGGCUGUAUAAAUGUGUGGUUACAUAUUGACAGUUCACUGCCCACAUUAAAGUGCAUUAUUGUAACUUUUGCUCAGGGUCUUUAGAAAAUUAGCACAGAAAGUAGCUUAUUUUUUAAAAAAAGAUGAUGGAAGAUAAGUUAACACUGUAACAGAAGAAAGGUGUGAUCGCCAUUAUAUAUUUAGCAAGUGUGGUCAUCUUCUAUGGAGCUUAAAUCUUGACUUUUCGUAUUUCUAUUACAUUUUGGGCAUUUACCACUAACCAGACCAAACAACCUUGAUAAGGCUGAGAUCUUAUUAACACACUUUUACAGGUAAAAUAUUGACACAUAAAUUUUGUUCUUUGACAGAACAAUAUAUGGUACUAUAGAUCUACUUUAUUAAGUAGACUAAUCUAUAACUCAGUUCUCCUAUGUGCCUUAUGAUAUAACUUGGAAGUAAGCUUGUGAAAAAUCAGGAUAUAUGUGUUGUUUGUUAAAUUAACUGUUUUAAGCCCUUUUGACACCUCACUAGUUUUGUACUGUUUUACCUCUUAUUUCUGAAACUCUUUUUAUGGUGUAUCCUGUUAGAGGGGACAAACAUGUCAUAGAAAGCAGUUGUGCACUCUUUCAAAUAUAGUUGAUAAAUUCAAUAAUCUUAUAUAUUGAGCUUCGUGUUUAUAGUACAGUAAGUGGUCUAGCAAAAUUGUCCAUGUUCCUUUGUUUAUUGAUAAAUGCAUUGUAUAGAAACUAUUUCCCCUAAAUAUUUAUGGACCAAACAAUUGUGAUAUAUCCUAUUAAAUUUGUGUGAAUAAACCAUUUUGAAUCUAAGGAGUUUUAUUUCCCAUCAGUUUUACUUAAGUUUGACUUGUAUUAGGGUGCUUUCGGUAUUGUUGUGUAAAUGCUAUAAAACAGUAGUGCAAUUAAAAAAUUCAAACAUACAAAUCACCCUUAGAUUUCUAAACUUAUGAUUCAUAUUAAAUGCACACACCAUUGCAUAUGCAAUGUGAUUCAAUCUUGAAUUACCUUUAAAUUUAUUUGCUUAUAAACAAAAGCAAUGCCCCACUGAUUUGACUCAGUUCAAUUUUUAGAAUAAAAAAUAAAUUAGUAGAUUAGUAGUUGCAUGAAAAGAAAUCUUAAAUAAUAUGAUUAAGAUUUAAUAUUAGAGCUAUUGAGCACAAGUGGAUAUUUGUAAAUCUAAAUAGAAAUUGCAGACCCCUAAAAGCCAAGUUGCUCUGUAGUUAAUAAAUUGUCACUAUGAUUUUUUUCAGGGAGAACAAAUCUUGGGGCAUUACAGCCAAACAUCCCGACGUUUGAAAAUUCCCUAAAGUAUUAAAAGAAGGGGAAAAGUUUGAUCGGAAAUCCACUGCAGUGAAGACAAAGACACUAUUAGGUCAUGAUAACCAUACAUUUAAAGUUUAUUGAGCCAAAAAGAGAGAGAGAGAGAGUGAGACUUAAAUGUCAUUUAUUGAAUGUUAAGUAAACUUCUGUUCUUUAUGAUGUCUAACAUAAACGGAGGCUUAAAAUUAUGUGGUUUAACAAACGAAGGAGAUAACUCAUGUAUAAACCAGAGCAACCCAGCAGUAAUACGCCCUCCCCUCAUUUGGAGAAAAUUAUUAUUGAAAACAAUCCUACACAUUUGUCAAGCACAAUAGUUGUAAAAUAAAGCCCCCAAAUAUCCAUUUCACCUGCUUGCUAAUGUGUUUUAGUCCUACCUGUUAAUGGCAUUUUCCAAGUGUAAAUUCAAAGACAAACUUUCACUCAUUUAAGAAUAUAGGGAUUAAACCCAGUAAUUUUAGUGUUAUUGUUUAUUACUUCCUUUCUAAACAGAAGACUCUGCAUGCACUUUUGCAUCUGUCACCUCUAGUGUACAUCUCUGUAACAAUGACUUAUCUUUGCUGUUUCCUGUAUGAUAAAUAGCUUUCAUUAAUAAACAUUUUGUUUGAUGCAAACAUAGUUAACUUUAUGUUAAACACACGCUGUUGGAAUUAAUUUUGAACAGUCUUAAAGAGGCAGCACAGAGCACUUGCAACUUGUUAUGCCCAGGAAGUUAUCCAAAUGAUAGAAUGAGGUAAAAUUAUUUUCUUGGGUUUUUAGCUUUUUAUAGCUUGUUUUCAUUUAUCGUAUUUGGUUGACACAUGUAUAAAAAUAAAAUAGCAAACCCAAAUUACAACAAAAAUAAACCUCAGAAUACAUUAUUAUGUAAAAUUUCAGCAACUUCUUUAGAUUAUUAGGGUAAUAUUUAUAGAAUCCUUCUGAGUUUACAAGUUCACUAUGCAAUGAGCAAAUUUAUUGAAGUAUACAAACAUAUUCUGAACUAUGAAAAGAGUCACUCUGUGUAGUUCAGGUUACAUAUGAUAUCACAAACAAGGGUCAGUGGAAAAGAAAAGCAAAUAUUUAGGAAUGAGGUUUCUUUUCAUUGCUAACAGGAAUACUUGAAGAAAGAAUUUUUAAGCUACUCCUAUUUAGCUGUACAUCCAAAGCACAUGUUAAACAAAUUAGCAUAUAAAAUACUUUCCAGAAAGAAUUUAGUUAUGGUGAAAUUUUUAUUAUAUACAAAUAAACCCUAUGUAAAGGAUGUAAGUUUUAUGAAUUACAGACAUUAAAUUUUGCUGACAUUUAUUCUCAGAAUUUUGAAUGUUUUCUCAAAUGCUUUCACUUCUUCAAUACUAAACAAGAAAACAGUUUUUAAAAGAAAAUAACUCCUAAUAAAGCACACUGCUCCGUGACGAGUGGACUACUGUGAGUGAUCAUGGAACAUGUUGGCUCUGUCAGUAACUUGAAUGUUUAUGUCUCAUUGAAAUCUCUUCAUGGCUCCAGCAACCUGAAUGGAUUUUCCAAUACAUUUCCAGCCAGUUUGUUGAAAUCUUGGUCAUGUAAGCUUUGCCUUUUUCCUUUCUGUCACCUGGGGCAGUUUCAUUUUGAAAUAUUUUGGAAGCUUGCCUGGUUUCACAGACUUUUAACUAUUUGUCUGGUAUGUGAAAUGCGGGAAGAGACCAAAGAGGGAAAGAACGUAACUGAAAUUAGACAUCUGAAAAAAAUAAUACAAAUUUGAAACAGGCACAUAUUUUAAAAAGAAAAGAGCACUAAUUAUGUGAGUGGUAAGAGAA